AUGCCCUUAACCGAACAACAAACCACACUCUCCCGCGGAAGCGGACCCGGAAGCCCAGAAGAACCCUCCACCGGUCCACGAAGCGGCAAUCCCUCUACAGACAACGAGCACAGUCUCAACAACCAAUCUCAAGGCCAUGAUCUCACUGCUAACGUCAACAAUGCCAAUGCCAACCGCGAAUCCGGUCACGACACCCUCAACGAACCCGCUGCCCUAACAGAAGAAGACCACCAGAAGGAAGACGCUACGGGUACAAAUCCGGAGUUCUCGCUCGCGGGUCCCUACAAUAAUCCGCAGAGCGUGUAUGUCUCGCCGGAGUACCGAGAGAAUAACCCGGGUUAUGGUAAGCCGCAUGAUGAGCCACUGUGGAGUUUGGCGCAACCGUUUCCUAGGGUUGUUAGGCCCGGGAUGAGGAUGAGGGGGGAGAGGGGGGAGGAGGUUUUUGCGACGCAGACUGGAACGCCGGAAGAAGCACAGCAAACCGCUACAUCGCCUGAGAAGGCUGACGGAGAGCUUGGGAAAGAAGGGAAGGAGGAAGAUCCAGCGCAUAAAGUGUCGAAGCCGCAGCAUGGUGACUUUUUUAAUACAUGGGGUCGUAUCCGGAAUAUCUUCCGCGAGUUUCUGAGUGAAUUACUUGGAGCAACAAUCGCCCUCCUAAUCGGUCUCUGCGCCUCCCUCUCCCGCGUAACCUCCCAAGAACAAGCCGGCACCUUCGAAUCCCAAUCCUGGGCCUGGGGCUUCGGCUUCAUGGUCGGCAUCUACGUCGCCGGUGGUAUAUCCGGAGGCCAUCUCAAUCCCGCAAUCAGCAUCUCGCUAUCCGUCUUCCGAGGAUUUCCCGUCCGCAUGUGUCUGCAGUACAUACUCGCGCAGAUCCUCGCCGCGCUAGCCUCGGGGGGUAUCGCGUACGGUAUAUACUACAACUCCAUCCACUACGCCGCAAGCAUCAAUCAGCAAACGCCAUCGCAAAUCAUGGAUAGUGUGUUUUAUACGAUGCCGAAGGAGUGGGUUCAUCCUGCGGCGGCGUUUUUUAAUGAGUUUGUUGGGACGGGGAUUCUUGUUUGUACGAUUCUCGCGCUGGGCGAUCACACCAAUGCGCCGCCGGGAGCGGGUAUGCAGGCGUUUUUGGUGGGGUUGUUGGUCAUGAUUUUGUGUGUUGCGUUGGGGUAUAAUACUGGAGGUUGCUUCAAUCCCGCCCGAGACUUCGGCCCACGCCUCUUCGCCCUGAUGGCCGGCUACGGCGGACGACUCUUCACGCAGCAGCACGCGUGGUGGAUAUGGGGCUCCUGGGUCGCUGAUAUCACGGGCGGCCUGUUUGGCGCGUUCAUUUACGAUCUGUUCAUCUUUACGGGUGGUGAAAGCCUGGUGAAUUACCCGCCGAGACGACGGAAGCGUGCUUUUUUGAUUAAGAAGAUGAAGUUGAGGAGUAAGCUGCUUGGACGCAAGAGGCAUCAGAAUGCGGAUAUUGAGUCUGCGAUUAGGGAUGUUGAGAAUGGAUAA